GCUGGGAGCUUUAUUGGAUUCCUGAUGCUUUUUUAGCCUCCGCCUAGAAGCCAUCAACAAAGAGUUUCAUAUUGUAUUUGUUUUAAUGCUGUUGGACAUAACUACCAAAAGACCUCAAGUACCGAGCUAAACUGAAUUCGAUCAUUUGACAGUUGCUGAACAAUCUUUGGUGUACUAUUACAGACAUGGAUUUAGAACGUAGAAUACCAUGUCAAAGAAUGAAUUUCAUCAAAGAAUUGAUGCCAUUAAGCAGACACAUUGAAUCUCCAAUCUCCAAAAAAGUCCUAGCUGUUUUUGAUGCGGCUUUACAAAAGGUAUUGACUGUUUUAUGUUUACAGGACAUAAAGGAAAGUGUCGAGAUUCAGAAUGAAGGAAGCCUACUGGACCGUUUGAGUUCUUACUUAGAUCAAGCGAAAGAAUACGACUUAAUAAAAGCUAGUAACUUCGAUAAUCCCUAUUCGCAUAAAAGUUUAUCUCAGAAGUGUGAGAUUCUGAAAAAUACCAAAUCAGAAAUAAACGAUUCUUCGAAAGAUAAUAUAAAUAAAGAAUUAGAAAAUAAUUUACGAAAUUUUUUAUAUUUUCUGUUAUCACAACCUUUAAUUAAUCAAAUAUUAUCAAGAAUUCUAUUAGAUAAUAAUGAACAAUUAAUGAAUGAAUGGAAAUUACCAGAAACAAUUACUAAUUAUAUAAAUAAUGUUAAAUGGAUUCAAAUACCAAAAUUUUUACAUAAUAAUAAAAUAAAAUUAUUAAUUGAAUAUUUAAUAAAAUUAAGAAUAUUAUUAUUAAUAAAAUUAUUAAUUACACCAGAAGAUAAAAAACGUAAAAAAUUAUAUAAACAUGAACUUGAAAUAAGAGAUCAAGAAUGUCAAAUAAAAUUAACUGAACUUAUUAAAGAAUUGGAUAUACAAAUAUGUCAAAAUAAUAAAGAAACUAGAAAAGUUGGUUAUACUGUUUCAAAACUUAAAAAUGAAAUUGAUAAUCUUGAAAAAUAUUUAAAUGAACGAAAAAAGCAAAUUAACACGGAAGAAGCGAAAAAGAUAACAGAAAUCACAAAACAAAACAAUGAAAAUGAAAAUAAUUUAAGUAAAGAAAUGAAAACUCAAGAAAUGCUACUUGAAAAGUUGAUUGAGGCUAAUCGUUUUGAAGAGGAAACAAUUCGAGCAACUAUUUAUAAAAUGGAAAGUGAUAUUGAGUCGAAAAUUUCUAAAUAUGAUCAAGAAAUGACAAUCUUGCAGGAUGAAUAUGAUGCCCUGGAAGCGGAGUAUAUAGAGGAGAAAAGCGCUUACGAUGAAUUGAAUGAACGUUUUCAGAUUAUAAAUGAAGAGUAUCAAAAGAUAAUGGAAGAACGUAGGCUAGAAGAUGAAAGACGACAAAGAGAGGAAGAACAAAGACGUCAAAUGGAACAAGCCGUUACAACAAUACAAGCAUUUUGGAGGUCAUAUAAAACAAGAAAACUGGCACGUGGAAGAAAAGGAGGUAGUAGAAAAGCGAAGAAGUAAUUAAUAAAACAGUUUCAAAACACUGCUCAACUGGGAUUAAAAAGGUGAACAUGAAGACUUAUUUAGAACUCGACUGUUUAACACUAAAUACAUUCAUUAAAUUAUUAGCCCAUAAUGAAAAGGCAGGUUAGUCAUGUGAUCCGUAAAAAUUAUGUGUAAAACACCAAACCUUUGAUGAACUUACAUUCUAUUUACCGAUUAUUUAAUUAAUUAACUACAUUUCAUGUUAUUCACCAAUAUUUAUUGUAUGUAACAGUAAUGAACAACAUAUUGUUGAACAUGUGGUACAUUUCUGCAUUUCAGUUCUAUGUAAUCAACCCUGAGUCACAUUAUUUGUAUCCAAGUUACCGAAAAUAUUGGACAGUCCAAGUCAAAGUGGUGUAACUGCUUAUCUACAUAGACAAUUUCGUUUAGAUUCAAAUUCGCUAUUUUUAUGGAUUACUGUAAUUCAACAUAUAGGUGAUAUGAUAUUAGAAAUGAUAAAUUAUAUUCAUAAUACCUGUAAAAAGCAACAAAAUUAUACACGUUAAUACUGGGAAGAAAUAGAGAAAAGAAUGUGAGCACGGUAAAAAUGAAUAGAAAUUAGUGUAUGACAGUGAAAAGAAUGAUAACAAUAGUGAUAAUAAUAUUAUUAUUGUUAUGAUGGGAGAGGCCGUUAAAAAAAUACUAUCAUGAAGGAUCCCUCCAGCCAAAA